CUUUACCCAAAGAGCUGAAAUUAAUGGUUAACAAUAUUAAAACAAAGCUUUUAAAAGUCGAAUAAUUUCUCAUUGAUCACCAUUUUCCCUUUAAAUUCAAUCACUCUGAAGUUAAUUAUAAACUCAGCUUAAUCAAAUUUCUUUAACAAUCAGUUGAUGAUUUUCAGCGUUCAUGACAAGUUAUCUAAUUGAAAAGUCCAAGAAAAAAAGUUAUGGUGAUUUUCAGUCAUGUAAAUUUCCCCGAUGUAUCAGGCAUCAAUUUAGUUGUGAUUGUUUUGAGUGUUUUUGUUGUGAAAAACUUUUCAAUUUCAUCGGAUAUUUGAAGCCCUUUUUUAAACUUCCAAAGGAUCCAAAAUGUUCAUUUCUGUUUGGCGAUUCAAUUCAAUUCAUACCUGGUCUCUGGAACACAAAACUUUCUUCAGUCGCUAUAACUAAUUUUAUGAUUUCGAAUGCUUCAAAUCACCAAAUCAAAUCGGGCCUACACGCAUUUUGGCUUGGAUGGUGGCCUAUGGUUGUGAUUAAUGACCACAAAUGUGUUGAAGAAUUGAUUAGUUAUAGUGCUAUAAUAAGUAAACCCCCUUUCUAUAAAUUCAUGGGACUUAAAGAUGGUUUGAUAACUUCGACAGGUGAAAAAUGGAAAAUGAGACGAAAAAUGAUUGAACCUUUUUUCGUUAGUAAACAACAGAAAAGAUUUGCACUGACCAUUGACGAAGUGUUUGAUUUAUUGGUAAACGAAGAUGAUUUUUGUAACCAGGGAAAAUAUCUAACCCUUUGUCACAAAGUCCAUUUAGCAACAGCUGAUAUUAUCAUGAAAGUGACUGCAGAUUUACCAAUAGAUUCAGAAAAAGAGAGAAAACUUGAUUCAGUUGAGGCAAUCGAUUUAAUGGAAAGAUCUACAAUAGUCAGAUUGUGUAACCCUUUUUUAUGGAGCGAUCGAAUUUUCAAUAUGACAAGAUUUGGUAAAAAGUGUACCAAAAUGGCUAACCUAGGGUACGAAUUCAUCGAAAUCGCUAUCAACAAUAAUCUGGACCAUAAUUCGAAUGAUAUUGAUGAUCAGUCAGGAUUGUUUUCACCUUUCAAUUUAGUCAAUAUACUCAAUUCUCAUAAAGGUAAAAUCGAUUCAUCAGGGAUAAGCGAAGAGAUCUUGACCACAGUUGCAGCGGGACAUGAGACCACUGCCACUGCUCUGAAAUGGACCCUGUUCAUAUUAGGCAAUCGUAUUGAUAUACAAGAAAAAUUGUAUCAAGAGAUUUCAUCAAUUUUUGAUGACAAAGAAUCUGUAAAUGACAUUGUAAAGAUUAAAGAUUGUGAAUAUCUCGAUAAAUGUCUCAAAGAGUCGAUGAGACUUUACCCGCCGGUACCAUUUAUAGGAAGAGAAUUGGAUGAGCCAAUUGAGAUAAAUGGUUAUUAUUUACCGAAAGGACCUACAACCAUGAUUAACAUUCUUAGUAUCCAUCGAGAUCCUCGAAUUUAUCCCAACCCGACCGAAUAUGAUCCAGAGCGUUUCGAUCCAUCAAAUUUACCAAACAUUCCCAAAGGAGCUUAUAUACCUUUCGGAGUAAUGCCAAGAAAUUGUAUCGGUUAUCGAUUUGCUUUAAUCGAAAUGAAAAUUUUUCUUAUUCAUUUGAUAAGAAGAUAUGAAAUUUUCUCAGCCAAGAAACUCGAAGACGUUUCUUUCACAAUGGACACCUCUUUAAAGCCUUCAUUUCCAUUGGAAAUUAUGCUCCGAAAACGAUCGAAUUGAUAAGAAAUCAUGAAAAAAAGUAAUAGAUUAAUCAUUAGAUUAAUUGUCAGAGAGAUAAUUCCUAUCAUAGUUUAACUCAAUGUAAAACUCUUACGAUAAGUUAAAAAUAAAUGCUUCUCUGUAUGAAUCAUGCUAUAACUUUCAUCUUUA